GCCCCCUUCCCAUUCCCAAGCACUGCGGUAAUAAGGGUGCCCCUCCCCUGGCUUCUUGCUGGGUGUCUACUCCCCCAUCUGCAGGACCAGUCAAGAUCUCGGCAGAGGAAACUGGGGACUGGGCGGGGAAGCUGUCCAAUCCAGCUCAGGUGAGCUGCUGCGGCAGAAGAGUUCUCGGUUUCGUUCUCCUGGAAAGGACUCUAAGUCCCAUCGUCCCACAGCGUAGAUGCCAGUGCCUGAGUCCCCCGAGGGCCAGGUCCAGACUGAGUCGCGGUGGUUUUCCUGGAGAAGAAAAGAUUCUCUGGAGAAAGAAGGGAGGACAAGUCCGAAGGAGAGCGGGACCCCGGCCGGGCGCCUGCAGCUCAGUCCUUCUGCCCAGCGCGGGGCCUCCGCGGCCCCAGGCUCUGUCUCCCUGCCCCUCGGCCUCCGCUCCUCCGCCGCGUCGGGCCCCGGCCUCGUUUUCCGAGACCGUCCUCCGUUUGCGUCCGCAUCACUCUCCCCGUUCUGUCUGGUCUCCAGCACAACCCUGGUUUCCGUCCAUGCCUCGUCCUUGCGCCUUCCCCGUCUCUACGCCGCCUCCCUCCCUUCCUCUGUCCCUCUGUCUCCGCCUUGUCGCUGUCGCCACCCCGAUUUUCUCAAAUCCAUGUUUCACCCUCUUCUCCAUCUUUGCCCCGGUCUGCAGUCCCCCUUUCCCGUCCGCGUCUUGUCCUCGUCUCCGUCCUCGUCCCCACCCGCGCACCGGCGCCCGCCUCGUCCCUUCCUCUUCUGUCCCCGUCUCUGUCGCCUCUCCUCACCCACGGCCCCGUCCCGGGCCCCGUCUCUUCCCCGGCCCCGUCUCCAUCCCCCACCACCGGGCUGCCGCCCCGAUCCCCGCGGGGACGUAACCCUGCUGGGGGCGGGGCCGAGGGCCGGACCAGAAUAACUCGGUUAUCGGGACGAAUCGAAUUAACUUCUCCACGUGAGCGCCGCCGGGCCCCUCUCCCCUCC